CCCGCGGGGCAUCCGCGGGUGCCGUGAGCUGCCCGGAGCGGCCGGUCUCAGCCGGGGCAGGCGGGCCGUGUCCCUGCCCUUCCCGGCAGGAGCGCCUUCCCUGCCUGCAGAAGCAUCGCCCGGCGCCAGGCGAUGGCGGCGCGGCUGAAGCGCUGCGUGGUGCGGCGGCGGGACGGGCCGGAGCAGCACGGCGUGGCCGCGUCCUGCCUGCGGGAGCUGCGGGACAAGGCUUGUGGUGUUCUGGCCAUUGACAAGGCCAGGGAGCCCAUCACCUUGGUGCUGGCAGAAGAUGGGACCAUUGUGGAUGAUGAGGAUUACUUCUUGUGUUUGCCACCUAACACCAAGUUUGUGGCACUGGCCAAGGAUGAGAAAUGGUCUGGCAAAAGCUUAGACAGUGGAACAUCCUGGCUCUCGGGGGCUGCGGAUGAAGUGGACAGUGCUGCGGAGAAGUGGAAGCAGCUGGCCAGGCAGCUGAAGGGUGACCUGUCCAGUAUCAUCCUGAUGUCUGAAGAAGACCUCCAGGUGCUGAUUGAUGUGCCACGUUCAGACCUGGCAGAAGAACUUGCCCAAAGUGAAACCAAAACCCAGGUGCUGCAGGACACCCUGCAGCAGGUGCUGGACAGAAGAGAAGAGGAGCGUCAGUCAAAGCAGCUCCUGGAGCUCUACCUGGAGGCCUUGAAAACUGAAGACAGUGUCUUAAGCAAAGUAGCAGAACCUCAGGCUGCACCAAGGAAGGAGAUGGAUGUGGUUGACACAGGUACCAGCAGCACAGGCACUCCAGCCAAAACAGCCCUCAGUGACCAGAUCCUUGCUGCUCUGAGGGAGAAACCUGCUCCAGAGCUCUGCUUGGACAGUCAGGACCUAGAGCUGGUGCUGAAGGAAGACAGAGCAGCCCUGGCCUCGGCUCUGGGGUGGGACAAGAAGAAGGCUGGAGCUCUGCAGGAAGCCUGUGACCAGGAGCUCUCCAAGCGCCUCCAGCAAGUGCAGACCCUGCAUUCCCUGCGGAGCACGUCCAAGGGCAAGAAAACCCUGCCCUGGGGGGACUGGCCCAGCUCAAAACGCAAAAAAUAACAGUGCCCUGCUGCUGGCAGCUCAGCUCUGCUUCUGCAUUAGGAUCCACACCAGCAAAGACACGUCCUGGGAGCCAGAGUUUGCUGGUCAUGCUGUGCUCUGGCUAUAGACAAGGGAAAUCUGCACA